AUGCCGUACAGGUUCGCCAGACGCGCGCUGCCGUUAGUCUCAAAUGUUCCCCCUCGUCGGCCGCUCUUUCCCACGUCAUACCGCUUUCCUCGUCGCCCGCAAUUUCCCUCAUCUCCCUCGCCGACCCUCGCCGCCCUCGCCUCUGCUUGUCACCCGCGCUUCCCGUCGUCGCCCUUGCUUCCCCGUCACCCGUGCUUCCCGUCGUCGCCCUUGCUUCCCCGUCACCCGUGCUUCCCGUCGUCGCCCUUGCUCUCCCGUCACCCGCGCUUCCCGUCGUCGCCCUUGCUUCCCCGUCACCCGCGCUUGUUCUCAUCUCUCGCUCUCCUCCUCAACGGGAAGGGACUGAAUGAGAGACACAGAGGGGAUAGGACAGAAGGGUAUGCAGAUGUUCUUUUCCCCCACGCGCUUCCCCUCAUCGCCCUCACUUCCCCCAAAUUGUUGCCCCCUGUCUCUGUUUUUCCCAACCACCCGUUCUCCCACCAGCCCUGCUCCCCCCUUUGCCCUGAUUCCUUCCACCCUCUGCCCUGCUCCCCCCCAUCCCCUUCCCUGCUUCCCCCCACCCUCUGCCCUGCUCCCCCCAUCCCGUUCCCUGCUUCCCCCUACCCUCUGCCCUGCUCCCCGCCAUCCCCUUCCCUGCUUGCCCCCAUCCCCUUCCCUGCUUCUCCCCAUCCCCUUCCCUGCUUCCCCCCAUCCCCUUCCCUGCUUCCCCCCAUCCCCUUCCCUGCUUCCCCCCAUCCCCUUCCCUGCUUCCCCCCAUCCCCUUCCCUGCUUCUCCCCAUCCGCUUCCCUGCUUCCCCCCCUCUUUUGCUGCUUCCCCCUACCCUCUGCCCUGCUCCCCCCCAUCCCCUUCCCUGCUUCCCCCCAUCCCCUUCCCUGCUUCUCCCCAUCCCCUUCCCUGCUUCCCCCCAUCACCUUCCCUGCUUCCCCCCAUCCCGUUCCCUGCUUCCCCCCAUCCCCUUCCCUGCUUCCCCCCAUCCCCUUCCCUGCUUCUCCCCAUCCGCUUCCCUGCUUCCCCCCCUCUUUUGCUGCUUCCCCCUACCCUCUGCCCUGCUCCCCCCCAUCCCCUUCCCUGCUUCCCCCCAUCCCCUUCCCUGCUUCUCCCCAUCCCCUUCCCUGCUUCCCCCCAUCCCCUUCCCUGCUUCCCCCCAUCCCCUUCCCUGCUUCCCCCCAUCCCCUUCCCUGUCUCCGUGUUACCCGUUUCCUUGUCCCUUUUCCCUGUGUCUCCCCACCCUCUGUUUUAUUCCUUCACCCUCGCACACCUUACCGCCUGCCGACCUUACCGCCUGCCCACCUUACCACCUCAAAUCCUUCCCUUCUCAUCCGCGCGCAGGUGUGGCGGAAGGUGCACGUGCUGCCUUGUGCCUGCCGCUUGCUGUCCACGCCUUCUAUCCCACCUCUCCCAAACCACGUCUUUUUCUAUAUGUGCCUCCCCUGCUGGCCCAUACCCUCUGCUGA